CCUCCGCUCCCCAGGACAUGUGUGUGGUGUGUGGGAGCUUCGGAAAGGGAGCAGAGGGCCGACUGCUGGCUGCGCCCAGUGUGGCCAGUGUUUACCACCCCUUCUGUGUCAACAUCAAGAUAACCCGUGUGGUCCUGAGUAAAGGCUGGCGUUGCUUGGAGUGCACGGUGUGCGAGGCGUGCGGCGAGGCCAGUGACCCCGGGCGGCUGCUGCUGUGUGACGACUGUGACAUCAGCUACCACACCUACUGUCUGGACCCUCCCCUGCACACCGUCCCCAAGGGAAGCUGGAAGUGCAAGUGGUGUGUGUCCUGUACCCAGUGUGGUGCCACCUCCCCAGGCCGUGGGUGUGAGUGGCAGAACAACUACACCCGCUGUGGCCCCUGUGCCAGCCUGGAGUCGUGCCCGCUGUGUGCCAGGAGCUACCGUGACGACCAACUCAUCCUGCAGUGUCGCCUGUGUGACAGGUGGGUCCAUGCCAGCUGCCAGGGUCUGAACUCGGACGAGGACGUGGAGAAUGCUGCUGAUGACGGCUUUGACUGCUCUCUUUGUACCACACACAGCCUGCCCUCGCAUGCAAUGUUAAUGGACAACAAGGAAGCUCCAAUCAUGGCCCAAAUAGUAUCCAGAAUCCGAGAGCCGGAGCACCAGAAGACCUACACCCAGGACGGCGUGUGUCUGACCGAGUCGGGCCUGUGCCAGCUCCAGAGCCUGGUGGUGCCCUCCUCACGGCGCCGCAGGUCCAAACCCAAACUGAAGCUGAAGAUCAUCAACCAGAACAUCGUGUCUGUGCUCCAGACCCCCCCGGACCCCCACUGUGAGCUGUCCCGCGACGGAGACUUGGACGACAGCAAAGCAGACAUGAUGGACUGUGAUGUAAAGUCGGACUCCAGCCCUGAACGUGCUCACGCCGACGAGGACGCCAAGGGGUCAGAGGUCACCAACGGCAACAAGAAGAGGAAGAGAAAGCCGUAUAGACCCGGUAUUGGUGGCUUCAUGGUGCGACAGAGGAGCAAGGCUGGACAAGGCAAAACCAAACGAUCCCUCUCCAGGAAGGAUUCCACAGGCUCUCCAACAGAGCAGGGCAAGGAGGAAGUCUGGAACGAUGGCGAGGUUGGCCCGGGAGAGGAACAAGCCCCCGUGCCUGUGGAGGGUCUGGAGAAGGUCAGGAAGAGAUACCGUAAACAGAAGACCAAGCUGGAGGAGGCCUUCCCCUCCUACCUGCAGGAUGCCUUCUUUGGGAAGGAGCUGAUGGAUAAGAGCAAGCAGGGGAGGAGGUCGGGAUUCGAACCCAUGGGUCUGAGCGAGGAGCCGUCUGGGCUGCAGGUGGAGACCAAACACCCCGCCGCUCGCUUCCUGGACCCCUCGUCCGACCCCCUGCUAAGCUCCACCUCUGCCACGCCCAUCUCUAGGACGGGAGGAGUGCUACCCCAUGAUGAGGAUCCGUUAGUGGACCUCUCAGAGGUCCUGACCACCGACGCUGACCUGCUGGGGAUGCUGUCUGAGGAGCUGGUGAAGCCAGGGAGAGACUCAGGUCUUGAUUUAGGCCCUUUCCAGGUGGACAGUUCUCCCUCUCCCUUUGCUGGUCUGGACAUUGGCCCCAUCACAGAUGACCCCUCUAUGACCUCUCCGCCCUCAGCAGGAAGCCGGAGCUCUAGACCAGUGCAGGACGAGCCUCUGGAUGCCAUCUUGAGUCCUGAACUGGACAAGAUUGUAACUGACGGUGCAAUUCUGAGUAAGCUCUACAAGAUACCAGAGCUGGAGGGGAAGGACGUGGAGGAUCUGUUCACUGCUGUACUGAGUCCCAGUACCAGCCAGACUCUGCAGCACCCCCACUCAGGCCACCCUCCUGGGCCCAGCAGACCUAGAGGCAUGACCCUACAACAGCCAGGCAACGGUGGAAUGUUUCCGCGAAUGCCCACGAUGAACGGGAUGAUUGGGCCCAACCCCCUCUUUCCUUCAAAUCCCAGGAUGCCCGGCGGUGGCAACUUCUCCCCACUCCAUAGAAUGCCCUUCCCUGAUAACAUGAGGGACAGGAAGUUGAAUCAGAUGGGGGGUGAUGUGAUUGGUCCGUGGAGUGCGUCCGGAGCUGGCGGGGUAGCGGGCCCGCCUCCGGAGACGGAGUCUGAAACCAUGUCGAACACCCAGCGCAGCACGCUGAAGUGGGAGAAAGAGGAGACUCUGGGGGAGAUGGCCACCGUGGCUCCUGUUCUCUACACCAACGUCAACUUCCCCUCACUGAGGGAGCAGUAUCCAGAGUGGUCCACUAGAGUGAAGCAGAUUGCCAAGAUGUGGAGGAAGGCUAGCGCCCAGGACAGAGCUCCCUAUGUGCAAAAAGCGAGGGAUAACCGCGCAGCGCUGCGUAUCAACAAGGUCCAGAUGUCCAAUGAUCCUCUGAAGAGAAAUCCCCAGCAGACUACUCCCGAACCUUAUGACCCUAGCGUUUCCAUGGAGACCGACUUGCUGUUUAAAGAUCCCCUGAAGCCUAAGGAGUCUGAACAUGAGUUGGAGUGGAAGUUAAGACAGGGAGAGUUAAAUCAGAUGUGGGGACCCGAUAAGGCGCGGCAGGAAAAACUGGUCCCAAAAAGCAAAGCCAUAAAAUCAACCAAUAAAGACGUCCUAUUUGGACAUUCCAACCAAUCAACAAUAGCUACCGGAGGUGGCAAAGUGUCUCUGCAAAUGAGACAGAAGAGCAAGCAACAAGCCAAAAUUGAAGCCACUCAGAAGCUGGAGCAGGUUAAGAGCGAGCAACAGCAGCAGAGACAACAACAACAACAACAACAGAUGCUGAUUGGCCAAUCAGGAGGAGACUCUGCCGACAGCAGUGGUGAUCGGAGCCCCUUGACCCCCCAAUCCAGUGGCGGAAAUGCAUCCCCGCUACAACCAAUCGCAUCCAAGGAUGGGUUCACUAGGCCCGCCCUCCAUACAGGCUGUAGCACAGGUUCGCCUGAUGACGUGUUCCUUAGACCCCAAGCUCCACCCCCAUCCGCUGUCUCCAACAGGACCCACCUCCAUGACCCUUCCUACCAACAACAGCCUCAACAGGCCCAGGCCCAACUUCAACUCCAGGCCCAGGCCUCACCCCAGGGCCAGCCUCAGUCCCCCCAGAUGUUCUCCCCAGGUUCUUCCACCUCCAGGCCCUCCUCUCCCUGGGACCCCUAUGCCAAGAUGGUUGGUACCCCUAGACCACCAGCAGGGGGCUCCACCACCCCUCGACAAGACAGGGGUAGGCCAUCACCAGUCCAUGAGUCUUUCAGCUCGCCCACAACUGGAGUCUCUGAUCCUUACUCAAAACCCCCAGACACCCCAAGGCCUUCUGAGCCCUUCAUGAAGCCUCAGGGACCUCCAAGGACUGGAGCUGACCAGCAGGGGAGGCCGAUAAUGAGCCCCCCAAGCACUGACCAGUUAGGGAGACUUGGGGGCCAUGGACCCGAGGCUUAUCAAAGAAUGGCCCACAACAGGAUGGUUCUCUCGGAUCCGUAUGCACGGCCGCUUCUCACCCCUGUCCCAGGCAGCAACGAGGCUGGGUCUGUGCCCGUCUUCAAGGCUCCCAUGCCCCUCCACCACCAGGCUCCUCAGGACCCUUACAGCUCCAUACCUGCUGGGAUGAGGCGAGGACUGGCUGACCCAUACGAACGACCCCCUUUGACCCCCAGGCCCAUGGAGGGCUUCCCUCAAGCUCACCAGGGGCACCAGGUUGACCCUUACUCCCAGCGGACGAGCCCCGGGGAGGGAAUGGGUAAAGAGGCACGGGGGAUGCGGCAGCCCCAGGAUGGACAGUUCUCCCAGGUCAUGCAAGGUAUGGCCUCCCCCCUCAGGAACCCGUACGGCCAGGCCCCGGGCACCCCCAGGCCAGAUUACACCCAGAACAUGCCUGACCCUUUCGCUCAACAGCCAGGGACACCGCGACCUUCUGCAGACACCUACUCCCAUCAGCCAGGCACCCCCAGACCUUCUUCAGAGGGUUACGCCCAGCCCCCGGGUACCCCAAGACCACACUCAGACCCCUCCUACCUCCAGACCCCAGCCAGCCUCCGACUGGAUCAGUUCAACCAGCAGCUCCAGCAGACAGCCAAUCGCAGGCAGUCUCCGUCUCAUGCCGCUAUGGACCCGUACGCCUCCAUGCCUGGAACCCCCAGAUCGGGCGAUCGGUACCCACGCUCACCUGGUAGUCAGAGGAACGUUCUAGACCCUUACUCCCAGGCCCCAGGCACACCCAGACCGGGACUAUCGGAGCCCUAUGCCCAAGCCCCAGGGACCCCUCGCCCAGGUUCUGUCCCAGAGUCCUUUACCCCAUCGGGGUCAAGGCUGUCACCUAUGACCCAGCACCCUGGAGACCCUUACUCCCAUCGUUCACCAGGCAGGCUUCAGGCCCCAGGUCCUGCUCACACACCACAGCACCCUGGCAUAGUGGAGGACGGGUUCUCCCUGCCACAAGCCAAUCAAAUGGCGGGUCACGACCCCUUUGAACAAGGUCCAAUGACACCCUGUCCUCAAAACGUGGAGAGAUCUGUGAGUGAAAUUGCUCAGUCAGCAGGUAUCUCAAUAGAGACCCAGAACAUCAUGCAGCCCCAGCUGGGGGACACAGAGGAGAAGCUCAGACAGCGUCAGCGUCUUCGCCAGCUGAUCUUGCGGCAGCAGCAACAGAAGAGCGCCAUCCGCCAGGAAAAAGGUCUACAGGAAGUCAACCCUGCCACUUCCACUUCCUCCAACCCCAGCCUGGCCACACCCCAACACUGGCCCCUGGACGACCCCACGGGCCCUCAACAACAGGCAGACCUAUUUGGCCGCCCACCUCCCCCGUAUCCAGGGACCAUGAGGGCUGGGGUUGGACCCCCUCACCCGCCUGGGGGUGGUGUGAGAUUUCCAGGAACCUUCCUUUCGGAUCAGCAGAGGCCUUUCAUUAAUGAGGGCCCGUUUCCGAGGCAACAGUUCUCCAGGGAUGUAGGCGGUAUGGCCACCAUGGGAAACAUGGUCAUGAGACCACAGGGCAUGAGGUUUGGGUUUCCCCCAGGGGCUCCAGGAGGCCAUCAAGACCAGCAGUUCCUGCGACCACCCCACCAGAUGUCUCCAGGAGGUGGACCCAUUCCUGAUAACUUGCCCCCCCAGAUGCGGAGGUCCAUGUCGGUCGACUUUAACAGACCCCUUGGGCCCAAUGGCACCAACCCCCAGAUGGGUCUCCCUCAGCCCUACCCCCCUCGAGGGCUACCAGUCCAGCAGCACAACAUCAUGGGCCAGCCCUUCAUUGAGCUCCGGCAUAGAGCUGCAGAGAACCGGAUGAGGAUGCCGUUCGGACACCCAGGCCAACCCAACAUGAUGGACACUUCCAUGCAGGGCCAGAGGCACCCAGGCAACCUCCUGGACCCUGCCCAGGGACAGAGACCCGGGCAGGUGGGUAUGGGGAGUCUGGACGGACAUGGGGCCAGGAUGAUGCACCCUAUGUUGGGUCAGCCUUCCCAGCAAGCAGUUGUUGGUCACCUCCAGAUGUCUGCGAACAUUGAGAGUCUGAGCCAACAGACUCAGCAAUCCAUGAAUACAGGGCAGCAGCAGCAUCAUCACCACCAUCCUCAGAUUUCUAGGUCACACAGUCACCCGGUCACUACGGAAUCCCUCAACACCUCACAACCUGGGGUCCCAACCUUGUCUGGAUCUGGACCCGGUCAGUCUGAGGAGACUACGCUACCAGGAGGAGAUGGGAUCGAGGAACAUCUUGAUGCGGACGACUCUGCCGUGAAGGACCUUGAAGAUGUUGAGGUGAAGGAUCUGGUCGACCUCAACUUGAAUCUUGACCCUGAGGACGGUAAAGAGGACUUAGACCUUGGCCCUAACGACCUUCACCUGGAUGACUUCCUGAUGUCGGAGAAGUUUGACCUUAUCGCCUACACUGACCCCGAACUGAACUUGGAGGACAAGAAGGAUAUGUUCAAUGAGGAGCUGGAUCUAGGAGACCCUAUGGAUGACACGCCGUCCUCUGACCUUCAGAGGGCACUUGCUGAGAAGAGGAGUACCGGGGGAGGAGGAGAUGGAGGAAGCACCUCCAGACACCAGGGGAGGUCUGACACAUCAGCAUCCGCUGGUCAGGUCAAACAGGAGGCAAACAUAGCCAAGGAGGUCCCAGGGAUGCUACAUACUAAAGAAAACAUCAAGAUAGAGGAGCGAGAGGGUCCUUUGCUACCACAUGAUAUCUCUUCUCAUCAGCCUGGCCAGGUCAGCUCAGGCACCCUAUCUGGAUCUUCACCAGUCCUCUCCAGCCUCCUCAUCAAGGAGAAGUUGGAAGAAACUGGUAUGGGUUCCACUGGCUCUCCUCACCAGGGAGACCAGGUUGGGGGGAUGCAGACCAUGCUACCAAGCCAUAUAAACCAGAACCAUGGAACCCACAGGGUCAACCCUUCCUUGAGUGGUCCUCCCGGUGGACACUCUAAUAUCUUCCCUGGAGGUAACCAGCAGAUUCGAGGUUUUGUGGCCCCCGCUGGACCAAUGGGGGAUCUGAACAUGCCUGUGAUGGGCAGUCGCCAACCUGCCCCACAGCACCAUGGUAUUCCACCACAGGGACAACAGCAACUCCCCGGUCUCCCUCUUCAAGCUCCCCAGACCCAUCCCCUCAACAUCCAAGGUCUGGCCCCGCAGGCCCUCCUGGGUCCCCAGCAGCAGUCCUUGUUUCCCCAGGGGCCCUCCCAGCAGGGCCCACCCCAACCCGGACAACCCGGCCAGGAUGCCAACAGGCCACUGCUUCUGGAGGAGCAGCCUCUCCUCUUGCAGGACCUCCUGGACCAGGAGAGGCAAGAACAACAGCAGCAGAGGCAGAUGCAGGCCAUGAUACGCCAGCGGUCCAAUGACACUUUCUUCCCCAACAUAGGCGAGGAGCAAAUGGUUGACUUUGAUACCAUCACAGAUCCGAUCAUGAAAGCAAAGAUGGUAGCCCUCAAGGGCAUCAACAAAGUCAUGGCCCAAAGCACUAUGGGAAUGAACCCGAUGGUCAUCAACAGGUUCCAGCAGGUUCCUGGACCCCCUGCACCAGAGGCUCCCCCCUUACCUCCUCAGGUGCUUGGACAGGAUGGAAAGUUGACUCCACAGAUGGCCAGACCAAACCUACCAAAUUUUGGCCCAGGAUUUGUCAAUGAAGCCCAACGGCGUCAGUAUGAGGAGUGGUUGCAGGAGACCCAGCAGCUCCUCCAGAUGCAGCAGAAAUUCCUGGAGGAGCAGAUCGGAGCCCACAGGAAGUCCAAGAAGGCUCUGUCGGCCAAGCAGCGCACGGCCAAGAAGUCCGGGCGCCCGUUCCCUGAGGAGGAUGCCGAGCAGCUCCGACAUGUGACUGAGCAGCAAGGUGUCGUGCAGAAACAACUUGAACAGAUUCGUAAGCAACAGAAGGAGCAUGUGGAGCUGAUUGAGGACUACAGAGCCAAGCAGCAGCAACAACAACAACAGCAACAGCGGGCCCUCCAGACUCCUAUGAUGCCAGUCAUGCCACCUAUGUCAGGGAUGCCCACAGGGGCACCCCCUAUGGUCCAGCCCGCCAUGGGACCAAUGAUGGGGCCGAUGCCGCCCCUCCCAGGAAACACAAACCCAGCACGCAUACCUAAUGCGCCCAACAUGCCAGGGUGGCAUCCUGGAGGGGCACCCUUGGGAGGACCCGGUCCAAGAGGAAUCAUGCCCCAACAAAUACCCCAACAAAUACCCCAACAAAUUCCCCAGCAAAUUCCUCUCCAGAUACCCCCGGCAACCCCACCUCAACCCCAGCCUCUGCCCCAGACUCCGACGCCACCUUCGAUUGUGUCUAGUGGGCCGGGUACACCAGCCAGCCAGGCUUCAACAGCUGGAGCAGGUCCAGCUGGAGGUAGUGGAGGUGGUUCAGCUAGCACUGCUGGUGGGAAUCCUCACGUGAAGUUCGAUGACAACAACCCUUUCAGCGAGGGCUUUCAGGAGAGGGAGAGGAGAGAGAGGCUGAGAGAGCAACAGGAGAGACAGAGGGUGCAGCUGAUGCAGGAAGUAGAGAGACACCGUGCCCUGCAGCACCGUCUAGACAUGGAGCAGCAAGGCCUGGGCAUGGGGCCUGCACUUGGGCCUGGGGCUGGAGUUGGACCUCUUGCUGUGCCCGGAGCCACAUCAGCUGGGGAUGGACUCUCCCAGAUGCCCUUUUACAAUGCUGACCUUCCCCAAGACUUUCUCCAGCCGUCCCCAAGGCCUCCCCAACAUCAAGGGCUUCAGGGCCAGGGGCAGCCUGGGCAGAUGUUCCCUCAGCAAGGUGCCCUACAGCCAGGGUACCCUGCUGGAGGUCCUCCCCCUGCUCAGGGCUUCGUCCAGGGGCAUGGGGACAGAAGAGCAAUGCCUGGACACGGGCUUCUACCUCUGGAGAUGGGACCCAAUGCCAGACCUAUAAACCCUCAGCUGCAGGCCAUGGCUCAGGCUCAAGGACCUCCCUCUGCCCCAGGUCAGGUGCGUCCUGCUGGGUACGGAGGCCCGGGGAUGCCCCCUCAAGCUGUAGAUGGACACCAUCGGCAUCCUCAUCCAUUCGGGGUGGACUCAUCCUCCACCCCCCUGCCGCCAAACUACCCUGGCUCUGGCCCUUCCCUCAUCCAACUCUACUCUGACAUAAUCCCAGAUGAGAAACCAAAGAAGAAGAGGAACAGGAACAGGAAGAAGAAAGACGACGAACUCUGUGGCGGAGGAGAGUCUGUCCGGACACCAUCGACACCUCGCUCUGACAUCACAGCGCCUCUCACCCCCGCUUUCUCUGACACUUCCUCAACUCCAACGAGAAACUCUGACCUGUCAGAGAUGUUCCAGCAGGCAGGGUCCACCCCUCCAGGUCUGGCACCAUCUUCCGAACUGGAGAGGCAGCUGUCAGCCAGCGGCAUGGCCCAGGGAGGGAGCUCCCACCAGGGCUUGGAGAGCGGGCGAAGCCCCCUGUGUGAUGGUACUCGGGAGAUCAAGCUGGAGAGGAUUGAGGGGGGAGAUUGCAGAGGGGCUGCCCUGAAACAUGGACCCAUGGCUGGGGGAACGGUGAAAGUGGAGGAGGGAAGUGAGGGAUUUGCUUCCCCGCUACACACUUCGACGAAAGAGGGAGAUGCUGGGAAUGAGCUGCUGAAACACCUGCUGAAGGACAAGACUUCGCCACAGCAACAGUCGUGUAGCAACCAGGCCACGCCCACACGCCACGCAGCCAAUGAAGAGGAGGGAACAGAAGACUGCAAGGCCCCUGUCAGACCUGGGUCUGUUGGUGGGAAUAUGACUUCCCUGAACAGUCACCUGACAGGAAGUGGAGAUGUUGUCGACGCUUCGGCUACAGAGCUCGGGGUGAAGAGGAAACAGCAGAGGAACAAGAGAGCCCCCAGGACGGCAGGAGACAAACCACCGUCCCGGUACAAGAAGAGGAAGAAGGAGGAAGAGAAGCAGAUGGUCUACUCAAACUCAGACACCAUGAUGACUCUUAAACAGCUUUCUCUCCUGCCCCUCAUGGAGCCUGUGGUGGGGGUCAACAUGGCCCUCUUCUCCCCCUAUGGCAGUGGCUCCCUGCAGGGGGACAACCGCCUGACAGGGUCCUUUGGUAACGCUUCCCUGGACGGCGUCUCAGACUACUACUCCCAGCUUAUCUACAAGCAGAACAACCUGAGCAACCCCCCUACCCCCCCGGCCUCCCUGCCCCCCACGCCUCCUCCGGUUGUCCGACAGAAGAUGGUCAACGGCUUCGCCACCACGGAGGAGCUUACCAGAAAGGCUGCCGUCCUGGGCAGCCAUGACGUGUCCAGAGUGGUGUUACUGCGCCAGCAGGCAGCUGGAGCAGCAGUGGUAGGCUUCCAGACAGACCCAGACCUGCUGGCCCAGGCCCUGACCCAGACCCCCAGGGCUGUGGACGUGCCAGCCUCCCUGCCCACUCCUCCUCACAACAACCAGGAGGAACUCAGAGGCCAGGAUCACUGCAGUGACAGAGACUCCCCCGACAGCUUCGUACCGUCCUCCUCGCCGGAGAGCGUGGUUGGCAUGGAGAUCAGCCGGUACCCCGACCUCUCCAGGGUGAAGCAGGAACGCCCCUCCCCCCCUGCCUCCCCCGUCAUACCCAUGAUGCCAAGCGCCUGGGGAAAAGGCACAGAGGUGAAGCAGGAGAUCAAGGCGGAGCCAUCUCAGUUCCCAUCCUGCACCAACGCUGGUUUGGUCUCCAUAGCGAUCACCAUCAAUCCUCUGGCAGCCCAGAACAUUCCAGGCGUGAUGGCAGCGGUAGCAGACCUGCUGCGUGUGCGGGUGCCAGGCCACUACGAGGUGAGCCGUGCCCCAGAGAGGAGCUCCCUGGCCCUGCUGGCUGGAGUCAAGGUGCCCCCCACCCAGGCCCUAGACCCCAGUCACCCAGCCCUCGCACCUCCACAGCUGGGCAUGAGGCUCCACAGACCCACCGGACCCCCUGGAGCUCCCACCAUCAUUGUUCCAGGUGCCAGAGGGGACUACAACCAACAUGGCGGAACCGGCCCUGGGGUCAAGCCUCAAUGGUGUUGCCACUGCAAGGUAGUGGUGCUUGGAAAUGGAGUCCGCAAGUCCACCAAAGAUCUUCUCAAGCAGGAGAGCCAGGGUAGGCCUGAGGCCAGCCUGGUGUUCUGCAGUCACAACUGCUCUGUCCUGUUUGCUGCAGCCCUGCAGACCAAGCCCACAGGCAGCAAGGUCAGUGCCCCCCUCCUGCAGCCUGACGAGAACGUUCCGGAGAGUCCGUCCAGGAUCCAGCACCAGUACAGCGCCAACACCUCCACACUUGAUGUCCACUGCCUCCCCCAGCUCACCCCCAAACCCUCCCCUCCCUCCUCCCCGCCCCUCACCUUCCCCUCGUCCUCGGCCAUGGACACGCCCCGCCUCGCCACGGCAACCGCCAAACCCGACGGCCUCAAGGUCACCGUCAAGCUCAAGCCGCGGCCACGAGCGAUCCACACCUCAGGAGGUGAAGAGGAGUCGUCGUCGUUGUGGCGAUCGCCGGGUUCUCAGAGCAAGCGCUGGAAGGGGCUCCGCUGGAGGAGGUGGAGCAUCCGCAUCUUGGUGCCCUGCCACAACGCAUCACUUCCUGCCGAGGAGGAAGUGGAUGAGCUCCUGAAGAAACUGGGGGCAACGCUGAGGCCAGACCCGUUGCCGAGAGACCAUCGGCGGUGCUGUUUCUGCCACGAGGAGGGUGACGGGGUGACAGAUGGGCCGGCUCGGCUCCUCAACCUGGACCUGGACCUCUGGGUCCACCUGAACUGUGCUCUGUGGUCCACCGAGGUGUACGAGACCCAGGCAGGCGCUCUCAUCAACGUGGAGCUGGCGUUGAGGCGUGGCCUGGCGGUGCGCUGCGCCUACUGCCAGCAGACGGGCGCCACCAGUGGCUGCCACCGCCUGCGCUGCACCAACGCCUACCACUUCACCUGCGCCACCAAGGCCCACUGCACCUUCUUCAAAGACAAGACCAUGCUCUGCCACCUGCACCGGCCGAGAGGCGGGGCGGGGGACAAGUCCAGCGCCUUGGCCCUCCUGGCCUCCGGGGGCAGUCCGCCCCUGGGCUCCUACGAGCACGAGCUGCGCUGCUUCGCCGUGUACCGGCGCGUGUACGUCCAGCGCGACGAGGCGCGGCAGGUGGCCAGCAUCGUGCAGCGGGGGAACCGCCAGCACACCUUCCGCGUGGGCAGCCUGGUGUUCCGCGCCGUGGGGAGGCUCCUCCCCCAGCAGCUCGCCGUGUUCCACUCCAACUCGGCCAUCUUCCCCGUGGGCUACCAGGCCAGCCGCAUCUACUGGAGCAUGCGCCAUGGCAACAGGCGCUGUCGCUACGUGUGCUCUGUGGUGGAGAAGGAGGGCCGGCCGCACUUCACCAUCAAGGUGGUGGAGAAGGGACACGACAACCUGCUUCUCUCUGGAUCCACUCCCAAAGCUGUGUGGGACCAGGUUCUAGAGCUGGUGUCUGAGCGACGGGCUGAGAUUGGAACCCUCAAGCUGUUCCCUGUCUACCUAAAGGGAGAGGACCUGUUUGGACUCACCGUGUCUCCUGUCACCAGGAUAGUAGAGUCGCUCCCCGGUGUGGACGCGUGUGAGAACUAUCGCUUCCGGUACGGCCGCAACCCCCUGAUGGAGGUACCAUUAGCCUUCAACCCCAGCGGCAGUGCUCGCUCUGAGGCCAAGAGCAGCUCGCAUGCCAAGAGGUUGGUCCUAAGACCGUACACCCUGACCAGUAGUGGAGCGUCCAAGUCCCUGCAGGCAGGGUCGGUGGGUGUGGUCAGCGCGGUGGGCGUGGCCCCGGGCCUGCUGGUAUUGCCAGGGGAGAUUGGGGUGGGCGGAGCGUCCCAUAGCAAGCAGUCCAAGUCGUACCAGUACAGGAGGAUGAAGAUGGAGUGGAAGAGCAACGUGUACCUGGCCAGGUCUCGCAUCCAGGGGCUGGGUCUGUAUGCUGCCAGAGACAUAGAGAAGAACACCAUGGUGAUCGAGUACAUCGGAUCAGUCAUCCGCAACGAGGUGGCCGAACGCAAGGAGAAGAUGUACGAGUCACAGAACCGAGGGGUGUACAUGUUCCGUAUCGACAACGAGCACGUCAUCGACGCCACCAUCUCUGGAGGCCCUGCCAGGUACAUCAACCACUCGUGUGACCCCAACUGCAUCACUGAGGUCGUGACUUUGGAGAAGGACCUCAAGAUUAUCAUCAGCUCCUGCCGCAGGAUUGCACGAGGAGAGGAGCUGUCCUAUGACUACAAGUUUGACCUGGAGGAUGAUCAGCACAAGAUCCCUUGUCACUGUGGAGCCCUUAACUGCCGCAAGUGGAUGAACUAGAUCACACUGGCAACAAGGACUCACACUCACACAUGUAUGCGCUCUCUCUCACAUACACACACACACACCAACACACAUGGAAACAAACACUCUUGCAUUCCUUUGUUUUGGUUAAUUACAGGCCCUCUGGUCCCCAGUCGAAAGUCUAAGCCUUUUCUUCUUUUUUUUUUUUUACUUCAGCUGUUUCAAACUAAAGUUUCAGGAAAAGAGACAGACCGCAGAACUGUUAGAGGGUUGGAGGGAAGGAGGAUUCUACAUUUUCAAAUAAGAAACAGAGGCUAUUUAUCCCCAGACUAUCGCCAUCUGCCUUCUCACGAAAUUAAAUGACUCACAGUGGUUUUGGGUUCAUCUCCAUCAAGUGUGAAAGAAGAUAUGAAGUUGGUUGCGUUUCAGUAUGGAGUUACUGGGGGGAUAGGUGGAAGGAGGGGUGAGGGAGGUCAGGGCAGAGGGGUUUGCAUUCACCAGCCAACGAGACCAGAGGAGUCCGGUGCUGGCGACAGCCUUAUUUACAUAGUGAGGCCGGUCCUCAGAAAACAGAUCUAUUCAGAUAUAUAUCUAUACAGCUAUAUAGGCAUGUUGACACCACUGAACAAGGAAUGUACUGUAAGGACUUCCUUAGAGGGCAAAACUAAGGGAAUAAUAACUUGCACUAAAACAAGAAAAUAUACAGUAGAAAAAUACUUGAUUCCAUAAGUCGUUUUUCUUUUCUUUUUUUUCUUACUCUCCCUCUGUUUUGAUUUGUGUAAGAUAAGAUUUUUUUUUGUAUUUAUUACUUAAUGAAGCUAUUUUCUAAACAAUUUGAGGAGAGUAGCGUUCUUCUUUACCGUGUGUAAAUAUAGGUCAGAUGAGGAGAACAUGAUUGACCAAAAGCUACCUUAACUUCACCUGUUUGGCAUAUUCUCUCAUUUAGUGUUUCUCUCCACAGAAAAGAAGUAUUUAAGAAGGAUGCCUCUAGAUCAUUGUAUGAGUUUAUGUGCUGUAAACAUCUGUACAGAAUGUGUAAAAAAGAAAAAUCAAGAGUAUUUUUGUUGUAUUUAGAAUGUAGUUCAGUUGUCUCUAAAUCUUCUGACCACUUGAAGAAUCAUGCUCACGAUCUUCUUUAGUUUUUGUUUUCCUCAACAAUGUUUUCAGUCAUUUGUAUAUUGAACAGGGGCAAUCAACGAAUCGCCAGAGUGGCGAUCUUGACGAUUGAUUUGAUUGGUCAAUCGUGACAUAAUUUUGUGUUGUAUAGUCUGAUGAGUAUAAAAAGGAUGAACUGUGAAGUUUUAAGUUUAAAGCCUCUUAUGUAAAACAACCUGUACAGAAGCCUGUGCAUACCUGCUCUGAUCUUACUGAUUGUCAUCAACAUCACAGACACUUAUAAUAAAUGCCUUUAUUUCACUCAAAACCUUGCAGAACAUUCGAAUCAUGCUUUGAAAAUUAAAUUGUGUGUUGUUUUUUGUUUGUUUACAUUUCUUUUUUUAACAAAAAAAAAAUGCUGUAAAUUGCUGACGAGUCUUUGGGUAGCUGGGGUUGUAGGGAAAAUGGUGUUACGUUUUUGACUUUUGACUCAAUUACGUAAUCAAUAAUCUGUUACUGGUGGCAUUUCGCUUGCUAGUUUUGAAAUGAAGUUUUUGUUUGUUUGUGAGCCCACAGUAGUUGUCUGAACUGUACUCUCAACUCUACACCCUGUUGGUGGCUCCAACACUCCUUGUAUUAUACAGAACACACGGCAUGAUGUAUUUUUUAAACUUUCAGAAGAAUCGAUUGUACAUAGUUUUCCUUAAUGGUUGUAACAAAAUCAAAAAAAAUCUUCUUGGGUAUUUUCUCUUGUACAUUCAGCUCAUCCAGACCUGCUCACCAGUUUUCCUGUAUAGUAGUUACCCUAAUGUUGAAACAUGAAGCCUUUUUGAAUUAUACAGAGUGAUAUUGGGUUUUUGGAAAUUGUUGAUUCAGAUUUAGGAAUCAUUUACAAUAAAAUAAAAAUAUUUUACAUCUUGAA